AUGCCUCUAAAUAAAGGAUUAAAUUGGCCACGAACUUGUGGCUUCGAGAUCUAUGGAGUUGGUCCUAGCUAUGUGGUAGCAGUAGAACCUAACAGUGUUGCUAGUAUAGCUGGGUUGAUGCCUGGUGAUCAACUAUUAGAGUUAGAAGGUGUUGAUGUCUCAAGUUUACCUAGUGAACAGAUUAAGAGUUUAGCAAAAAGAUCUAGAAAUCAGUAUCCAGCCGUAGAAGUUGUAGCUUGUUUGCAAGAAAUUAACAUUUUACCCAAUAGAUUGAUAGGAUAUGGGUUUACUUUUCAAAAUGCUCGACCUCUUGUGGUUUCUACAGUUGAUUUUGGUGGACCAUCGUACAUGGCAGGGCUACGUUCAGGUGAUAUUAUACUAGCUAUAAAUGGUCAAAAUACUAAUAAUAUAGAAGAUAUAGAGGAUACAAUAACAUCAAAACCUGGACAGUUAACAUUGCUCACCAUACCAGUGGGUCGCAGUAGUAACAUGGUAGAAAUAGAUAAAAAGAUGAAUAAAACCAGUCCAUUGAGACGACAGGAUCAUAGGGCUAAAGAACUUCAUGAUAAGAUGAACUAUGUUCUUGGUGAUGAAUAUGAAAAGAAAAUGGCUAUAGUUGGUAUAUUAAAACAGUAUGCUGAAGAUAGAGAUGUACAUAUUUUAGGUAGAGCUUUGAAUGCUGUAUUAAAAACACCCCAACAUCGUCGAAUACUUAAACAGAUCAGGUUUUUAUCCAUUGUUGUGGAAAAGUUGAUAAUCAAUGCCAGGCCUUUUGUACCUCCUGGACAUCGACCAAAGUUUGAUGCAGAAAUUAAAUUACGCUAUACGUCACCAGUAGGUAGUGAUAGAUUGAGUGUUGUACAGUCUCCACAUCCACCUUCAGCUCAUAAAACAGGACAUAGAAAGAUUAUUCAAGUCAUACGUGAUGAUGGAAGUUUUGGAUUAGUUAUAAAGGGAAGUAACCCAGCCUAUGUUGAAUCAGUAGAUGAAGGUGGACCAUCAGAGAAAGCUGGUAUAAGAACAGAUGAUUUUAUCAUGAAGCUGAAUGGUCUAGAUGUCAGAAAAUGUAGUCAUUCAAGAUUAUGUCAGUUAUUACAAGAGAGUGGUUCAGCACCUACUAUAGAAAUAUUAAGAUGUGAAAAUGGUUUGUCACCAUCUGUUAGUUUGACGUCUGUUUCAAGUGAGUCGUCAGUAUCUAGUCAUGGUUCUGUAGAUUGGUUGACUAAUCAACAUCAAACAGAUACAGAGGGUAGAACAUUUCAACAGAGGGCUGACUUCUUAUUAACUGGAAGAGAAAAACAUCAAAUCAGAAAAGCUAUAGAGAAUUAUGAAAUUUCAAAUAAUGUGGUAGAUCUACAUAGUUCACUAGCUGAAAUAUUAGACAGUCCAUCUAAAAAGACAUUAUGGAUGUUUAUUAUAGCUAGGUUACCAAUUGAACAUCAAGAAUAUUGUUUACAUCGUAUCAGUUUACCACAAGAUAUAUUGUUAGAGUGUGUAAACGUUGAAAAAUAUCAACAAGAGCAGCCUUUGACUAGUCCAAGAAUAACUUAUAAUAAUGAUUAUAAUGAACAAUCAUAUAUACCUGAUAAUUUACCUACUACUUUCCGUCAACAGUUAGAAUUCUUAUUAACACCAACAGAACGUCAACAACUUAAAGAAAUCUUACAGAGAUAUGAUGAAAAUAAAGAUAUUAAUGAUAUGUUAGAAGAUAUUGAAGUGAUUCUAGAUACACCAUCUAAAAGAAGUUUAUGGAAGUAUAUACUACCCCUAAUACAUACAGAUCAUCAAAUAGUAGUUAGACAACGUCUCUUACAACUACAGAAAUAUUCUAGAAAUACUAAAACUAUAAAAGAACGCAAUGAAAUGAUGUCAGGAUCAUCAUCAGAAGAUGAGAAAGGAAGUAGUACCCCAUCAGAAUCAUCACCACAUGAAAGGUUAAAGGUUCGAAAUCAUAAUAGAUCAGAUCUAAGAUCAGCUGAUAAAGCAUUAGUGAAAGAAUUAGAGGAAACCAGGAAAGCUAUUCAAGAAGCUAAAGAUGCUAUUGUUGGUAAAGGUCAAGGUCAUCAUGGUGAUGAUAUUGAACAUGAAGAUGGAGAUUCUAAACGUUAUGUAACUAUUAUACCAGUUGGUUAUCCUGGACUAGAGGGAAGACCAUUUCAUAAAAAAGAAAUGGAUUCACCAGAGUUAAACAGAGUAAGAAAACUCACACCACAGAAAGUCAGUCCUGCAAGUAGUCAUUAUAAAAAGCGAGAUACUAUUGUGUAUAAUGAAGUGGAACAUGAAACUAAAAAGUUCAAUGUCCGACCAGGUGAUUCCUUCAAUCAGUCGGCAAUAACAGCUUUAGAAGAAUUAGAUGCUGUCAUGGCAGCAGAAACAUCAGACCAAGAUUCAGAGAAAAACAGAAUUAUCUCUAAAGGAAUUGUUCAACAAAGAGUACAGACUUCUUUGACACCUGCCCCACCCCCUCCUCCCCCUGUCCCACCACCACCAUCCUUUCAAUCUUAUAAUAAUAAACAGAUGAAUGUCAAGAGAAUUAAUUGGGAAAAACUCAAUCCAUCUAAGGUCAAUAAUACAGUUUGGCAACAAAUAGAUGAUAGUGAAUUAGAAGAUAUUGUCAAAUAUUUAGAAUUGGACCAACAUUUUAGUACCAAAACUACUAAACCAGCUGUUAUUGAUAAGAAACAAGAGGUAUUUAUUUUGAAUCCGAAGAAAGCGUAUAAUAUUUCUAUAUUAUUGGGACAUUUGAAGAUGUCUAUAAGUGAUAUUAAACAUGCUAUAUAUUCAAUGGAUGAAGAUAUAUUAACUCCUGAACUAUUAAAACAACUACUGAAUUAUUCUCCCAGUAAACAUGAGCAAGAACUAUAUGAUAGUUUUACUGGUGAUGUAGAUAGUUUUAGUAAUGCUGAUAGAUUUGCUUAUGAGACCAGUCAAAUACCAAAUUAUGAGCAAAGAUUAAAAGCAAUGUUAUUCAAAGCAAGUUUUAAAGAGAAAAUUACAGAAAUGAAGGAGCAUUUACGUUGUAUAAAAGCUGCAUCGCGAGAGCUGAGACAUAGUAAAAAGUUAGCUAAAAUAUUAGAGUUAAUUCUUGCCAUGGGAAAUCAUAUGAAUAAAGGAAAUGAAAGAGUAGGUGAUGCCACUGGCUUCCGUAUAACCUUUUUAUCACAGAUUGAUAUAACUAAGACAAGUGAUAACAAGUCAACAUUUCUACAUGUACUAACAGAAGCUGUCAGUAAAAGGUUUCCAGAUGUAUUAAGUAUUGGGGAUGAUCUAACACAUGUUUCUGAAGCCGCUAAGGUGUCAAAUGUACUUCUGAAUCAAGAAUUAAAUGAAUUGAGGAAAGUGCUUCAGGAUAUAUCUGAUACUUUAGAGAAAUUCAAUGGACAUAAAACAACAAUUGGUACCACAGAUAGAUUUCAAGAACAUUUUAUAGCAGAGGCUUCUGAUGAAUUACAAUCAUUAUUUCGGUUACAACAUGGUACAAUGGAAGAAUUUUCAGAAUUGGUCCAGUAUUUUGGUGAAGAUCCUAAGAAAAUGGAUACUGGUGAUUUAUUUGGUAUAUUUGCAGACUUUGUAUCUAAGUUUGAGAAAGCCCACAGAGAAAAUUCAAUAUAUAAGAGACAUUGA